UACGAGCAGAAAUUUCAUGAAAACCCAGCGACGAUCUUUGCGUCAUAUUUUCUGGACUUGAACUCUCCGCCCUCCAAGGGAGACAAGUAUCACAUUCUCCGGCUUUCAUUUAGCGAUGAUGAAGAAUCAUCUCCUUCAUUUCCUGAUAUUUUUAAUGCCAGUAGCUGUUGCCUACAGACGCCAGGCAAGAUGCUAUAAAUGCGAUGGGAACAAUGAACAAUGCAGUCUGGCUAUGAUGCACUCGGAUAUUGCAAAGUACACAGUGAGAUGCCCGCGAGAUUAUGAUAACUGCCUCACAGUGUUCCUGGAGCAAGAUGGAAGAAAGAUCUUUAAUAAACGGUGUGCAAGUGAUAGGAUCUGCAACAGAGAAACAUCUCGCUGCGGGGGAAGCGAGCGCGCGACCAAGGGAGGUCUUCAGACCGAGAAGAUUUGUCAUGCAUGGUGCUGUAAAGGGGACUGGUGCAAUCCUGGGCCACGUGUCUCUCCAGCACAUCUUGUGAUGAUGUCAGGGCUUCUGUUCGUGAACUUGAUGUGUAGGAUUUAAAUGUAAAUAGAGUGACACUGAGUUUUACUCGGCGUGCUUUGGUUUUUACUUUGUGUACUUAAGUAAUGGGCUGUGUUUGCGUCUGGCGCCAAAUUAAAUUUAGGGAAUAUUUUAUAGAAAUUUCUCGUCUGAACAAGCUGAUAAAGUGACCUGAGUUGAUCAUUUAAGAAUAGAGUGUAUAUUAUAGUAUUGUUUCCCAGAAUGUGUACAAAUUUGCACCAAACUAGUCAGAUGGGCUUUUUAUUGAGGAGAUUGUUCAUUUCAAUUUUACAAAAUAUGAGCGAAAUACAUACUAGUGAUCAAAUUACGAUUUGAUGUCAAUCUUUAGCUAGGUUUGGUUUGAAAAUAAC